AUGUCAGCGCUACGUGCAAGAUUAUGUUUUUCAGUACAAUACGCGAGGAGGUUACUUCUGCUGCCCGUUAAUAAUUUCAAACCUAAUGGGAUCACGGUUUUAAGAGCGCAGUAUAAUGGGUCAUGCCAUCUACUCCAAUCCAAAUUUAGUACAGCAUCUGAUCAGUAUAAAGCUGAAGUUACAAGAUCUACUCCAGAGAAAAAGGAAUUUCAGGCUGAAACUCGAAUGUUACUAGAUAUUGUAGCUAGAUCCUUAUAUUCCGACAAAGAAGUAUUUAUUAGAGAAUUGAUUUCAAAUGCAAGUGAUGCUCUUGAAAAGUUCCGGUAUUUAAGUGUGAGCUCAGCCCAAGACUCUCCAAAUUUAGAAAAUACUGACAGAGCACUUGAAAUUAGAAUUACUACGGACAAACAAAACAGAGCUCUAACAUUCGAGGAUAAUGGUAUUGGUAUGACCAAAGAAGAGUUAAUACAAAAUUUAGGUACUAUAGCCCGGUCAGGCUCUAAGUCCUUUAUAGAAGAAAUAAAAAAACAGGGAACUGAACAGGCCAGUUCUAUCAUAGGACAAUUUGGCGUCGGUUUCUACUCUGCAUUUAUGGUAGCUGAUAAACUAGAAGUUUAUACAAGAAGCAGUAAAUCUGGAUCCCUAGGAUACAAAUGGAGCUCUGAUGGAUCAGGAACUUACGAAAUUCAAGAAAUAGAAGGUGUACCAAUAGGUACUAAAAUAAUAGUGUACUUAAAGACAGAUUGUAGAGAGUUUGCUGAUGAGGAAAGAGUUAAAGAUAUAAUUAAGAAAUACAGCAACUUUAUUGGAAGUCCAAUUUUACUCAAUAACGAGCAAGUAAACUCAAUAAAGCCAGUAUGGUUAAUGGAACCUAAGGAGGUAACACAUGAGCAACAUGUAGAAUUCUACAGAUUCAUUAGCAAUUCUUAUGACAAGCCGCGUUUCACACUGCAUUAUAAAACUGAUGCACCAAUUAGUAUACGCUCUAUUCUAUAUGUGCCUGAAGGAAAACCGGGUCUCUUUGAAAUGUCUCGUGAUUCUGAUGUCGGCGUAGCUUUGUAUUCAAGGAAAAUAUUGAUAAAGAGCAAGGCAGAUAAUAUUUUACCAAAAUGGUUAAGAUUUGUAAAAGGCGUUGUCGAUUCAGAAGACAUUCCACUCAAUCUUAGCAGAGAACUAUUGCAGAAUAGCGCCUUGAUUGUCAAACUACGAACUGUAUUAACUAACAGAUUUAUUAAAUUUAUGUGUGAUAUGGCUCAGAAGGAUCCUGUUGGCUAUGAUGCAUUCUAUAAAGAUUAUUCAUUAUUCUUGAAAGAGGGAAUUGUAACGAGUCAAAGUCCUCUGGAGAAGGAGGAGAUUGCGAAAUUACUGCGUUUCGAGUCGUCUAAAUUGGAGGCCGGCGUGAAAACAUCACUGGCUGAUUAUUGUUCGAGGCAAAAAGACGAUCAAAAGUCUAUUUAUUACUUAGCAGCACCGAGCCGCCAACUCGCUGAAACAUCUCCAUAUUAUGAAUCUCUUAAGAAACGCGACCUGGAAGUGUUAUUCUGUUAUGAAAUGUAUGAUGAACUGGUGCUCCUAGAACUUAAAGAAUUCGCUCGUCGGUCGUUAAUCUCCGUGGAGAAUGACAUGCAGAGGGAAUCUACGGACAAAAGUGAAACUAUUAUCGGUAGCGACGACUUGCAACAAAGUCAAGUAAAUGAAUUAAUAUCAUUCUUGAAAAAAAAUUUGGAUGGAAAAGUCUUCGAGGUCCGUACCACACAGAAACUGGAUACACACCCUUGUGUGAUUGUAAUACCUGAAAUGGCCGCCGCACGUCAUUUUAUACGCACUCAAGCGCAAAAUCUCAGCGAAGAAAAUAGGUUUGCUUUAUUGAGGCCUCAGUUAGAAAUCAAUGCAAAGCAUCCAAUAGUCAAAAAACUACACAAACUUAUUUCUAGUGACAAGGAACUCGCUAAUAUGGUUUCCCAACAAUUGUUUUCAAAUGCGAUGGUCACAGCUGGUUUGGUUAUGGAUCCAAGAAACUUAGUCACUCAUAUUAAUGAUCUUUUAGUUAAAGCUUUAGAAAAGCAUUAA